UAUUCAAUUCCAUCUUCUCUCACUUCCUUUUGUGUGUUGUUAAUUAUUAUUAUAAUAUUCGGUUAAACCCGUUGGGCCUGUUUCCAUGGAAGCUCAUCGCCAUCUCCGUCUUUCUGGUCGAUUCUUGUAACCGUGAGAGAGAGAGAGAGAGAGAGAGAGAGAUGAUUCUUCUUCUAUGUAUCCUUUUUGAUAAUUGAAUGAACAUACCAUGAUUUCUCGCUAUGCGUUGGCUUCCCCAAAUCUCCUUCUCCUCUUCUUCUUCUUCUUCUUCUUCUCUCAAACCCAUGGCUUCUUCUCCCGAUCGAAACCUGGAUCGUGAUCGUUUCCACCGCCGCUUCUUUCGUUUUAACCGCGGGAGGGGGCUCACGCGCCAGAGGAAGCUCCGUCACUUGACGGACGACGACGUCGCCUCAACCUCCGGGUUAAACCGGUCUCCGAGCGCGUACACUCGCUCUCCUUCCGCCGUGCCGUUACCGUUGCCUCUGCCGUCACCAGAGGUCCCCGGAGAUCCUCCGAGGAAUCGGAAUGCGGUGAACAACGGUGCUAAAGGAUCGGAGGAGGAUAGGGCUGUUCCUGAUCGCACCACCUCUGCUCCUCCUCUCACCUGCGUCAAUGGCGUUGCUGCACGUGCCACGGAGAAUUCUCCAUAUCAAGACUUUAAUAAUAGUCCUAGCCCGGGCGCGGGCGCGGGAACCAGGAACGGUUAUUGGGUGAACAUUCCAAUUCCAACCAUGAGCGCUCCCGCCACUCCCUACAUGAGUCCUCCAAGGGAUUUACCUUUUUUCUAUUUGCCUCCUAAGACCAAUCAAGUCUGGUCUGCACCUGACAUGCCCUUUGAUAUCUCUGGUGUCCCUCCUGCUUAUUACGAUCUCACUGCUUUUAGUACUGACAACUCCCCCAUCCAUAGCCCGCAGCCUCCAAGUCCCCGCAGGCAUCCCACUGAUGGCAUUUCCUCCCCCUUGCCUCAUCCGAGGCUGUCCGCUGAUGUACGCCGUGAUAACUCCAAUGUUCAUCCUCUGCCUCUCCCUCCUGGAGCUGCUGCUGCUGCUGCUGCUGCUGCUGCUGCUGCUCCCUCCUCCUCUUCAUCAGCUGUUCCGUGCCAGCAGCCUCCUCUCAAACAGGAUUCGUUCCCCAUUAAUUCUCAGUGGAAGAAAGGAAAGCUUAUAGGUCGUGGUACUUUUGGAAGUGUUUACGUCGCCAGUAACAGUGAAAAUGGAGCGUUAUGUGCGAUGAAGGAAGUUGAGUUGUUUCCUGAUGACCCCAAAUCUGCUGAGUGUAUUAAGCAAUUAGAGCAGGAAAUCAAACUUCUCAGUAACCUUCAACAUCCAAACAUUGUGCAGUACUUUGGUAGUGAGACUGUAGAUGAUCGUUUCUUUAUAUACCUGGAAUAUGUUCACCCGGGUUCUAUCAACAAAUAUAUCCAAGACCAUUGCGGUGGUACCAUGACAGAAUCUGUUGUUCGCAAUUUUACUCGUCAUAUCUUGUCCGGCCUCGCUUAUUUGCACAGCAAAAAGACUGUUCAUAGGGAUAUCAAAGGUGCUAAUCUCCUUGUCGACGCCUAUGGUGUGGUCAAGCUUGCUGACUUCGGCAUGGCUAAACAUCUUACUGGGCAAAGAGCUGAUCUCUCGUUAAAGGGAAGCCCGUACUGGAUGGCACCAGAGCUCAUGCAAGCCGUGAUGCAAAGAGAUAGCAACCCUGAUCUCGCUUUUGCUGUUGAUAUAUGGAGUUUAGGAUGUACGAUCAUUGAGAUGUUCACUGGGAAGCCUCCGUGGAGUGAGUUUGAAGGGGCUGCAGCUAUGUUCAAGGUCAUGAGAGAUAGCCCACCGGUACCUGAAUCGAUGUCAGCAGAGGGUAAAGACUUUCUAAGAUUAUGUUUCCAGAGAAACCCAGCAGAGCGACCAACCGCAUCUAUGUUGCUAGAACACCGGUUCCUGAAGAACUCCUCCUCGGUGCAAUCAACCUCACCACGCAACAGCGAUGUCUCAAACUGCUCACAGUUAUUUAACGGGAUGAACAUAACGGAACCAAAUAGUAGGAGGGAGAAACCGAAUUUCAAACUAGAUCAAGUCCCGCGCGCUAGAAACGUGACAUCUUCAGAGAGCUUCUUAACACGUACGUACUUAACUUAUUUUUCUCCAGUGAAAGCUGGCAGCAGCAGCAGCAACAGCAACGGUCUCCUGAAGUAAUUGGAACAGUGACACGUCUGUCCCCUCGUUCGACACUGGAGGUAAUUAGAAGCCCGUCUCCUAGCCAACAACCAAAGCCAAGCACUGAGCGGAGAAGAAUGGGAGAUCACAUUUGAUUUGCAGCAAACCGACGAGAAGAUUUGAAACUAGUUGGUAUUCUUAUGCACAUAUGUGCGCGGAAUAGAGAGUCUGUGGGGGAAUGCAAAAUGAGAAGAGGUAGGACCGUAGGAGUAUUGGUGCAUGUAACAUUUAAAAACAAGAAUAUCGAUAGGCAGAGGGGAUCGUUUGUUUGUUUCUUUUUCUUUUUGUGUGGUGGGGGGGCUUGAGAGAGACUUGUGUGUAAAGGAAGUCUCUGUGUACAUUUGGGUUUCGGAUGUGUAUCAUUAUUUUAGAUUUA